AUGAAGAUGAAAUCUCAGAUUAUCAUUUUAGAUGUCAUAAUAUUGUUUAUGGUGAUUGUGGUGUGUUCUAUUGGAAUUUAUGUUGAAGCCAAAUUAUUUUACGAAAUUAGUUUAGAAUCAUCAUAUAUCAUGAUGAAUUCUACCGAUAUUAAGUAAGUUGAUAGAAUAGGAAGCUAAAUUGAAUCUUACUUAAUCACUAAGCAUAAAAGAAGUAACUAAUUAAUUAAUGAAGGCAUUUAGCUUCUUGAUAACAUAGCUAAUUUCUUAUUUCACUUUGCUAAUCGUUAGGAUCAGUAAAUCUACAAUGGCAUUUUAGACCUUUGCCUGACAGAAGAAGAGUAAAAAAUUGCAAUAUAUAUUAAAAAUACACCAAAGUUCUGCUAUUAAACAAAUGGUGUAGAGCUUGAAACAAUGAUGAAGAAUGACAACAUUACGCUUUUGUAUUAUGGACUUAAGGAACUUGAGCACUAUUCAAUAAUGUUCAAUAUAUAAAUACCCAAUAUAUUACAGGUGGUUGACACAAGUUCAAUAAUAUUUGAUGCAUUAUAUCCAAUAGGAUUGCUGGCUCCUAGUUACAACCCAUAGCAGAGAAGUUGGUAUUAAAAUCAUAUGGCUUAAAUAAACAAUACAAAAAAUGAGUUCUUUUUUUUUACGAAUGUAUUUUAGAGUUUGUAUGGAUCAUAAGAGUACAGUUUUUCGAUUACUCAAUCAUUGUUUAAUAAAAAGAAGGAAUUUUUUGCGAUUUUAAAAACUGUAUUGUUUAUAACUGACCCAAAUUUACAUAACAUUUAAUUUAAUGUUUUAUUAAUAAAUUAAGAAGGUUAAGUUAUGGAGAAUGGAAUGGAGAAUCGUACUAAUAGAACAGGAAUCUUAUAUGUGUAUAAUGAAACCAUAACUGGUUUUAAUGUUACCGAUUGGAAGGAAAUUGAAUUAAAAUCGAAUUAAAACGGAUUAAUCGAAGAGCAGAAUUCCAUGUUGAUUCUCUAUAACAAAGUAUACAAAUCCUUUGUCAAUUUAAAGUGCAAAAAGUUUUAAAAAGAAAAUUUUACAUUAAUUUUAUUUACUAAUUUGACUUCGUAAUACAUUUUAAAACAGUAAAUUCUGGAUAGGUACAAUGAAUUUUUACUUUAAUAUGGGUAUGCUGCUGUUGUAAUUUGUUGUCUAGCAAUUACACUAUUCUGUUUGAGCUUAAUUUUUAUUAACGUAAUCUGUAACCCAAUUGUAAAAUUAAGAUAGAAAAUCUCGUAACAUGUAUUGGAAAUCGGGAACAAUACAGAUAAAAUGAUAUUCAAGAUGACAACAAAAAAAAAGAGAAAAUAAGGUCUCGUCUUUAAAUUAAAUGAAAUGUUUAUGAAUAUUUCAGAUGUUUUGAAAUUAAACUAAAAUAAGAAGAGUGAGCAAUGUAGACUUAUUGAAAAGAUGUAGUAUAAUAAAAAAUGUAAAAAAGAAUAGUGUUAGUUGAAUUAACAAAUUCAGUCUCUCAGUGACUCCUAAUCAAAUUAUAUUGAAUUAAAUGAAUUUAAUAAGGAAAUUUUGAAACUUUUAAUGAAUGGUACUAAUAAUAAUAGUCAAUUAUGA